GGGCCCGGCUACUACUCGGUGGGCCGCGCCGCGGGACUGCUGUCCGGCUUCCGCAGGUCCCCGUACGCGCGCCGCUCCGCGCCCCCUGUGGGCGCGGGACCCCCGGGCCGGGCCGGUUCUUUCGCGGAGCCACGACCCAGCCUGCGGAGCCUCACCCUGUGUGUCAAGGACGUGACCCCGAAUCUGCAGAGCUGCCAGCGGCUCCCCGACGGCCGGGCCACCUUCCAGUGCCGGGCAGACGUGUUCCUGUCGCUCCGGGCUGCUGACUGUCGCAGCGUCUAAGCCCCCCACCCCGAGACCUGGACCUCCUCUUGCUCCCGCGGUGACCCCCCACCCCGCACCCCGUGCCUCCUCCAUGCCUGCAGUAAAAGGCUAAAUGAAUAAAUA